AUGCCUAUCACCAAGAUCCACGCCCGCUCCGUCUACGACUCCCGUGGCAACCCCACCGUCGAGGUCGACCUUGUCACCGAGACCGGUCUGCACCGUGCCAUUGUUCCCUCCGGAGCUUCCACUGGCCAGCACGAGGCCAUCGAGCUCCGUGACGGCGACAAGACCCGCUGGGGUGGCAAGGGUGUUCUCAAGGCCGUCAAGAACGUGAACGAGACCAUUGGCCCUGCCCUCAUCAAGGAGAACCUCGAUGUGAAGGACCAGUCCAAGGUUGAUGAGUUCCUCAACAAGCUUGAUGGCACCCCCAACAAGGCCAACCUCGGUGCCAACGCCAUCCUGGGUGUCAGCUUGGCCAUUGCCAAGGCUGGUGCUGCUGAGAAGGGCGUUCCCCUCUACGCUCACAUCUCCGACCUCGCCGGAACCAAGAAGCCCUAUGUCCUCCCCGUCCCCUUCCAGAACGUCCUGAACGGUGGUUCCCACGCCGGUGGCCGUCUGGCUUUCCAGGAAUUCAUGAUCGUUCCCGAUGCUGCUCCCUCUUUCUCCGAGGGUCUGCGCCAGGGUGCCGAGGUCUACCAGAAGCUGAAGGCUCUCGCCAAGAAGAAGUACGGCCAGUCCGCUGGCAACGUUGGUGAUGAGGGUGGUGUUGCUCCCGAUAUCCAGACCCCCGAGGAGGCCCUCGACCUGAUCACCGAGUCCAUCGAGCAGGCCGGCUACACCGGCAAGAUCCACAUUGCUCUGGACGUCGCCUCGUCCGAGUUCUACAAGGACGGCAAGUACGACCUGGACUUCAAGAACCCCGACAGCGACCCCACCAAGUGGCUCACCUACGAGCAGCUGGCCGACCUGUACAAGUCGCUGGCCAGCAAGUACCCCAUCGUCUCCAUCGAGGACCCCUUCGCUGAGGACGACUGGGAGGCCUGGAGCUACUUCUACAAGACCUCCGACUUCCAGAUUGUCGGUGACGACCUGACGGUCACCAACCCUCUUCGCAUCAAGAAGGCCAUCGAGCUCAAGUCUUGCAACGCCCUCCUCCUCAAGGUCAACCAGAUCGGCUCCCUGACCGAGUCCAUCCAGGCCGCCAAGGACUCCUACGCUGACAAGUGGGGCGUCAUGGUGUCCCACCGCUCCGGUGAGACUGAGGAUGUCACCAUCGCCGACAUCGCCGUCGGUCUCCGCUCCGGCCAGAUCAAGACCGGUGCCCCUGCCCGCUCCGAGCGUCUGGCCAAGCUGAACCAGAUCCUCCGCAUCGAGGAGGAGCUGGGCGAGAACGCCAUCUACGCCGGCACCAACUUCCGCACUGCCGUGAACCUCUAA